AUGCUAGGAUUGAGAAUAAGUGAGCUGCUGCAGGUGAGGCUCACGACCCCCCUGCUGGUGGGGGUGUGGGGGGCGCCCCUGCCCCCCGUCCUCCCCGCGGGUGCGUGCGACCGCCUCGUCCUCCCCCCCGCGCCCCCCACGCGGGGGCGGGGCACCAGAGUGGAAGCCCCGACCGAUCCUCUGACCGGACCGCUGCCCGACAUCGGCCCCAUGCUGCCUUACAUCGGCAGCACCUUGGUGGACAACUACAACCUGCACCCCACCACGUACUGCAGCAGUGCAGUGCACCCCCACACGGUGCAUAUACACCACAACGCCCCCUGCCUGUACUCCCCCUACACCCCCGGCCUCAACACCCAUCAGCUCACCGCGCUCACCCUCCUCAACCUCUACGCCCACGCGCUCACCCACGCCGUCGCCUCCAAUACUAAGAUCGACGAACACGGACACUUGGAACAGCCCAUUGUUGUUCAGGGAGUUCACUCGCACGUGAACAUGUUUCAGCCGGCAGUGUUCCAACUGAACACCGUCGGACCAAACUGUUUGCCGCUCAUCAACCAAACGGCAACCGCCAACAAUGAAGCAAGCAAUAUGGCGUCGGAUGUCAACAAGAUGGCCACGGAUGUCAACAAGAUGGCACCGCUCCCGCAGCUGGACAAAGACAAGAUGGCGGCGAGUAGUGGCGUUAGGAACGCGUUUUUGUACCGGCCGUUUGAGGAGCUUUACAUGUCGUGUGAUUACGACGAGACCGGCAAACCGUCGUUGAAAGGCGUAAAUUACGAGCUUGUUGAAUGUUUGCGUGCUCUGCACGAGUCUUAACCGCGCAGGAAUAUGUUCGUUGUUAUUGCAGCAGGAAUUAAUUCCAAGACUAGAGAAAUGCAUCCUUUGCCUGAUGAUCUCGCUAACGCAUCAUAACGAUAAUUGCCUCAAUUAGCAAAAUACAUGGAGAAGAAGAAAUAAUUAAAUAGUCCUGAAUGGAGCCGAGAUUGUGUGCAUAACUUGUUUUCAUGUGUGAAAUAUACACGAAUGUAUUCUGGACUCUCAUGGCUCGACAACCUCAUUAUGAAUGAAGUAAAUGAUUCAUGUUGUGGGACGUCUUUUUUCGGAGAAUUUCGGGAGCAAGUAAAUUAGAUUUUUAUCUUAA